GAAGGUGCCCCCUCUUUGAAGGGCCGUCCAACCAAGAAGAGAGCUGGAAAUCUAAAGCUGCUUGUUGACAGAAGACCCUGGGAAAGUUGAACUCUGCAAGCAUCCAGGUGAGGAGUCAACCACCUCUAUCCUUACAACAAUCUGGAAAUUACUCUGGUGAACCUGUCCUCUCAACUGGACACCGGAGCAUACAUAGACCCAGUCCAGGUUGCAGCUACAACUUAAUGGGGUCACUUCGUCGCUUCCUGUCUCCACCCCAGCUGUGGUUCACCUGGGAUAGUGUUCCCCACCUUCUCCCAUCACCCUUUUAGGGAUGAAGUUUCUUCUUCUGCUGCAGCUCCUCGUGUGCCUUGCAUCCAGAGUUGGGGGAAAGAUCUUUGGACGCUGUGAGCUGGCCCAGGUAUUGAAGCGAGCUGGCUUGGAGGGAUAUCGCGGACACACCAUACCUGACUGGAUCUGCAUGGCUUUCUACGAGAGCCGCUUUGACACAGCCAUGGUGGACCAUGAAGCUGAUGGCAGCACCAGCAACGGUAUCUUCCAGAUCAACAGCCACCUCUGGUGUGAAGAUUACAAGCACUUUAAGCCCAACGUGUGCCGUAUGCACUGCAGCGAUCUCCUGACCAGUAACAUCAAUGAUGACAUUGUCUGUGCCAUGAAAAUUGCGCGAGGACCCAGAAGCCUUGGGGCCUGGAUGGGUUGGAAGAGGAAUUGUGAAGGCCGUGACUUGUCUAUCUGGUUGAAAGGAUGUCAGCUGUAAGAAGAAAAAGAAACCCCAAACACCAAAAAAGAAGGAAAAAGAAGGCUGUUGAAAUGCUUGACACCAAUAACACAGAGAGUGCCCAGGACUGUUGCUUUUUCUGGAGCAAAGCAGCACUAGCUGAAUAAAUCCCUUUGCUGCUCUUGCGAUGGCCCUGGGAGCUAGAAGAGAGACUGUAACUUGGACCUGAGACCCAUUAUUAUUAUUAUUUUGUGGUAUAAAAACAUUUGUUCAGAUUUUGUCACUGAUAUACUGUGUACGUCACAAAUCCAACUCAUGUGUGUGCUGAUCUAUGAUGCCUGCAGUGUUCGAAUGGUUAUAUUCUAUGAUGUCUCUCAGAGAGAUGUCAGAGCUUCCUCCAUGUGAAGGUCAGUAUUGCCCUGGCACAAAAACUUUCUUGAAAGACAACUUUUUAAGAUAAUGUGCAGCUUGGGGAUGGGGGAAUGGAGAGUGGGAUUACUCUAAGCUAUGGACAUACUGGUUUAGGAGUUUGGGAGUAGUGGUCCACACUUUUCCAAGCUGUGUCUCCUGGGGUUACUCUCCAUUCAAACCAGGGCAACAGUGAAGCCUUGUGAGCCAAGCCUCUGCUCUGCAUGAAUUAAAUAAA